AUGGAGGUAUAUGUCGACGACAUGCUAGUCAAGAGUCGCAUAGCUGACAAAUACAUCCCCAACCUCUUUGCCAUGUUCGCCAUCCUGAAGCAGUACAAAAUGAGGCUUAACCCUACCAAAUGUGCAUUCGGGGUGGCUUUCGGCAAAUUCCUUGGCUUCAUGAUUAGCCAGAGGGGUAUUGAGGCCAAUCCAGAAAAGAUCCAGGCCAUCUUAGACAUGACAAUACCUAAGACGGUCAAGGAUAUCCAAAGCCUUACAGGGCGUGUCGCAGCCCUGACCAGAUUUAUCUCCAAAGCCACUGACCGCUGUGCCCCAUUCUUCAAGGCCCUUAAAGGCACCAAGCAAAACAUCACCUGGACUGCCGAGUGUGACAUGGCUUUCACCGAGCUCAAGGAGUAUAUGGGCCGGGCCUCUUUAUUGUCAACCUCUGAGCACGGAGACAUCCUCUUGAUUUAUCUCUCCAUCUCAGCUUCGGCUGUUAGCUCUGUGCUCAUUCGAUCAAAGGAUAACGCGGAACACCCAGUGCAUUAUGUCAGUAAGGCAUUGCAAGAUGCCGAAGUUCGGUACCCAGACAUCGAAAAAUUGGCGUUCGCCCUGGUCGUCUCGGCUAGACGCCUCCGACCAUAUUUCCAAGCUCACACCAUCCAUGUCUUAACCAACCAACCGCUCCGACAGGUGUUGCAGAAACCAGAAACUUCUGGGAGGCUGGUUAAGUGGGCCAUCGAACUUGGCGAGUUUGAUAUUCAUUACAAACCCCGCCCGGCUAUAAGGGGGCAGGCCGUUGCUGACUUCUUAUCCGAAUUCACGGAGCCCCAAGCUCCAGGGUGUGGGGCCGGCCUCGUUCUCGUCUCCCUAGACAAGGUUGCCCUCGAAUACGUCCUCCGCUUCAAAUUCCAAGCCUCCAACAAUCAGGCUGAAUAUGAAGCACUCUUAGCUGCACUUCGACUAGCCAAAGAUAUGGACGCCAAACAAAUUCAGAUAUUUAGCGACUCACAGCUCGUUGUCCACCAGGUCAACCAGGACUUCACGGCCAAGGAUGCCUCUAUGACGGCUUACCUCCAGCACGCUAGGCACUUGCUGGCAGCCUUCCAUGCCCACUCUAUCAAACAAGUGCCACGCUCUGAGAAUAGCCACGCCGAUGCAUUAGCCAGGUUAGCAUCAGCCUUGGAGCAGGGAAAAGGUUGCCACAUCUACAUCGAGUUUUUGGACCAGCCCAGCACACAAGCCCCACUCAUCUGCACCAUUGAUCACAGCCCUACAUGGAUGGACCCCAUCCUCCAGUUUUUGCAGAACCAAACACUACCGGCUAAUUCGGCCGAGGCACGACGCGUUCGCCAUCGCUCUGCCCGAUACCUAAUCAUUAACGGCUCCUUAUACAAGCGGGGUUUCAGCCUUCCUUACCUCCGAUGCCUGACUCCAGAGAGGGUCACUAUGUCCUCCGAGAAAUCCAUGAAGGCAUCUGCGGUAACCACUCGGGCGCACGCUCGCUGGCCCAUAAGGCAAUCCGCCAAGGAUACUUCUGGCCUUCACUCCACACUGACGCCCAGGCCUUCACCCAGAAAUGCGACAAGUGUCAGAGAUUUGCCAACAUUCCACAACUCCCGGCCGAACCAUUGA